AUGGCUUGUUCGAUAUUUUAUUUAUUUCUUGUAUUAGUCAGUUGUUUAUCAAUUCAAAUAAGUCAGAGUGCAACAUCCUGUAGUCGUGGUUAUUAUUUGGAUAGUGGCAAUUGUUAUCCUUGUGAACCAGGUACAUAUUGUCCCGAUGGAUAUCGACAAUUACCAUGUAAUCCAGGUGAAUAUCAAGAUUCAUUCACAUCAUCAUCCUGUUCAAGUUGUCGAAAUGGAUACUUUACGACGAAAUCAGGUUCAAUUAUGUGUAAUGUAUGUCCAAUAGGAUCUAUGUGUCCAAAUAGUGAUAGAGAUCCUAUCAGUUGUCCAGCAGGAACUUAUCAAGAUAGUUAUGGUGCGGUAAACUGUAGAGAUUGUUCACAAGGUUAUUUCUCAACAACAUCAAAUUCACAUCAAUGCCAAAUCUGCCCAAAGGGUCAUGAAUGUCCUCGUCCGGAUCAAUCUCCAUUAGCCUGUCGACCAGGUACAUAUUCAUAUAAUUAUGGUGCUUAUUCAUGUUCUCAAUGUUCAACUGGAUGGUACACCACUAAGAGUGGCGCCGUAUUAUGUGAUAUUUGUCCUGAAGGAAAUGAAUGUCCACGAACUGAUCAACCACCCUCUAUGUGUCGACCAGGUACAUAUUCUCCAUAUCCAGGAUCAACAUGUAAUUCAUGCCCAUCGAAUACCUAUGCAACUAGUUAUGGGCAAGUGUCUUGUAACCCAUGCCCUCAGGGCUAUGAGUGUACACAAAAUGAUCAAGAACCACGAGCUUGUGCCCGUGGAUUUUAUCGAGAUGGAUCAAUGAAUUCUUGUCAACGAUGUUCAUCUGGUAUGUGGACUAAAAAUACGACAUCCGUUCGCUGUGAAACUUGUCCCGUGGGUUUUGAAUGUCCUACUGCUGAUAGUUCGCCAGAGCCUUGUCGUAUUGGUACCUAUUCAUCAAGUAUUAAUACCGUUGCAUGUACACAAUGCGAUUCAGGAUUUUAUACGCUGGAGAUAGGAUCCAUUCAAUGCGAAAUAUGUCCAAGAGGUUACUAUUGUCCACAACCUGAUACAGCACCAUUAGCUUGUUCCAAUGGAAAUUAUAGUGACUACAAACAAACUCAAUGCAGUCAAUGUUCUUCUGGUUACUACUCUUUAACGCCAAAAGCUGCUGAUUGUAUUAUAUGUCCUCGAGGAUUUGCAUGUGCAGAUCCGAGUUCAUCACCUCAAGCUUGUUCUAAAGGUACUAGUGCAAACUACGGAGCAACUUCUUGUGCAACAUGCUCUCAAGGAUACUACUCGGUUCAUAAUACUUCAGCUAUUUGUACCCCGUGUGCACCUGGAUACUUUUGUGAUGAUUCAACACAAUGUCCACAGCAAUGUCCAGCAGGUAGUUAUUCAUCAGCAGCUCAAACAACAUGCUAUCAAUGUUCAUCUUCAUGUUCAUCAACUCCUGGUGUUUUUGAUUGUUCGGCAUGUAUAACAGCGAAACCAACCGGAUGCCAACAAUUAGAAAUUUCAGUUGACAUACAUAAACAUUAA